AUGUUUAUAAAGCAAUUGUGCUCAACCCCCUGCGUUAUGCGCAGUGUCAGCCAGCUAACCGUAGCUACAGUUAAGAGAACCUCGGCGCCAGCACGUACCUUCUGCCUUCUCGCUUACGAGACCAACACACGCAGACACGUGGCCGCUGCUACACUGCUAGGUAGAGUUACAGACCAGAUGUUGGGUGUCAGAUUCGCUAAAUCUGAAGCGACACAAAUCCCCCGUGACGUCAAACCUGCCGAAGGAAUACCAGCUACUCCUACGUCUGGCGGUGAAAGCGCAGGUACUGGUAUCGUCGUAGGAGACGAGGACGACACCGAGGGAACAGAACGUGGUAGGGCACCACGGAGCGGUAAAAAUAAUGUUGCGUGGAGUUCUUCGAUGGCCGAGGAUACAGGACAGACGAAUGUUCCAGGGGUUGAUACAAAUAAUAUGGGACCGUUGAGGAACGGCGUGAAUGAGUUUGGCAAUGUAUAUAGCAAACAUGAGCCCACAAUGUUCGGUGAUUGGUGUCACAUGGGCCGUGUUACUGAUUUUUAA